AUGGCUGCCAGUAAUAUUGCGGUGCGGCCGUCGCUCGAAGAUGUACACAAAAUCGUUGAGAAAGGCAAAGGACUGUCAAAUGCGCCGAACUUGAUCCCACUCUGCGCUUCCAUCUCCUCAGAGUUCCUGACCCCUUCCAGCAUAUACCUUAAGAUCGUGGCGAACUCCAAGUCGAAGCUGUCCUUCCUCUUCGAGUCCGCCGCAACAACAGAAACUAUCGGCCGGUACAGCUUCAUUGGAGCCGACCCACACAAGACACUCCUCUCCGGACCGGACCAUGGCCUGGAAGCCGACCCUCUCCCCCGGCUGCACGAGGAACUAUCUCAGUAUCGAGUGGCAGACAUCCCCUCCCUUCGUCUACCACCCAUGACCGGCGGUGCCAUCGGGUACGUCGGCUACGACUGCGUCAAGUACUUCGAACCCCGGACCAAACGACCGAUGAAAGACAUCCUGCACGUCCCCGAAAGCCUCUUCAUGCUCUUCGACACCAUCGUCGCCGUCGACCAUUUCUUCCAAAAAGUGAUGGUCAUCAUCUAUCUCCACGUGCCCUCCCCAAACGCCACCCCCACGGACACAGCACUCUCAGACGCCUACCACACCUGCCAAAACACCAUCGCCGCCACGUUACGGAUCUUGAAGCGGCCGGACCUCCCUCUUCCGCCUCAACCACCCGUCAAACUAGACCAACAAUACUCCUCCAACAUCGGCCGCCAAGGCUACGAAUCCCACGUCACGAAACUAAAAAAACACAUCGUCGUGGGCGACAUAAUCCAAGCCGUCCCCUCCCAACGCAUCGCCCGCCCCACCUCCCUGCACCCCUUCAACAUCUACCGCCACCUUCGCACCGUAAACCCCUCACCAUACCUCUUCUACCUCUCCUGCAACUCCUUCCAGAUCAUCGGCGCGAGCCCCGAACUCCUCGUCAAAGCCGACCAAACCACAACCCCGCACCGCAUCAUAACGCACCCGAUCGCGGGAACGAUCAAACGCGGCGCCACGCCCGCCGAAGACAGCGCUCUCGCGAAUACACUCCUGGAAUCCGCAAAGGACCGGGCAGAACACGUCAUGCUCGUCGAUCUGGCACGGAAUGAUAUCAACCGCGUCUGCGACCCGCUGACGACGCGGGUGGAGAAGUUGAUGGUGGUGCAGAAGUUCAGUCAUGUGCAACAUCUCGUCUCCGAAGUGUCGGGGGUGUUGAGGCGGGGGAAGAAUCGGUUCGAUGCGUUUCGCUCCGUGUUCCCCGCGGGGACCGUCUCUGGGGCUCCGAAAGUGAGGGCGAUGGAGUUGAUUGCUGAGUUGGAGGGGGAGAAACGGGGGGUCUACGCCGGAGCGGUGGGGUGGUUCGGGUACAAUACCGUUGACGUUUACGAUACGACCAUGACCACCACCAACCGCUCAUCCACCGGUCUGACAUCCGGCGCGGAAACGGAAGGAGCAAUGGAUACCUGCAUCGCCCUGCGCACCAUGGUGGUGAAAGACGGGAUCGCGUACUUGCAGGCGGGCGGGGGGAUCGUGUUCGAUAGCGAUGCCGGGGAGGAGUACGAGGAGACGAUGAAUAAGGCCGCGGCGAAUAUGAGGGGGAUUGAGCAGGCGGAACGGCUGCAUUGGGAGGAGCAGCAGCAGGCGCAACGGCAGGGGGAGAAUGGGGAGGGGGAAGGGGUGGGCGCGACGGAGGAGAUGGUGGGAGGUGGUGUGGCGGAUGCAGGGGUUGAGGGUCGGAAGGGCAAGGUUGAUCUGGCGGGUGGAUAG